UGUUCCAGCCUUUUGAUAGUGUAUUUUCCCAGAUUUGUGUAUUUUCCCUGAACUUUGCCUGGUUUCACUGGACUCUGAUUUCCUGCCUGCUCCUGACAGAUUUGUCUGCUUUACUGGACUGCUUGGACCUCUGCCUGCCUCAUCUUUACUCAAAGCAGACCUCCCAAUGGAUCCGGCAAGUAAUCCAGAGAAGAAUGAUGACAACAAUCACAAUGAUGCUCCAGCAAAGUGUAAUAAAAGAGGCCAGUGGGCCAACAAGAGGGAGUUCAUUUUGGCAGUAAUUGGAGAAAUUAUUGGUCUGGGCAAUGUUUGGAGAUUUCCGUAUCUGUGCUUCAAAAAUGGAGGAGGAGUUUUCUUGAUCCCCUAUGUUUUGAUCCUGCUCACCUGUGGAAUCCCCCUCUUCUUUCUGGAGGUAUCAGUGGGACAGUUAACUGGUCAGGGUGGGAUCACGUGUUGGAAGAGAAUAUGUCCUUUAUUUCAAGGUUUGGGCUACAGCAAUCAAAUGACAUCACUUUACAUGGUGAUGUAUUAUAUUGUCAUCCUUGUCUGGGCCUUCCUCUACCUCUUCUCCUCCUUCCACACUGUGCUGCCCUGGGCCAGCUGCAACAACACCUGGAACACAGAGAACUGCAUUGAUAACUAUCAAACUGAUUCAUUUUAUGGCCACAUCAAUGAAAAUGCAACAUCUUCAGUUAAAGAGUUCUGGCAGAGGAGAGUCCUGGGAUUGUCUGGAGGAAUUGGGGAGAUGGGAAGUAUCCGCUGGGACCUGGCUGGAUGUCUUCUGCUCAGCUGGAUCAUUUGUUACUUCUGUGUCUGGAAAGGAGUCAAGUCAUCAGGAAAGGUUGUCUACUUCACCGCCACCUUUCCUUACAUGAUGUUGAUCGUAUUGCUGAUCCGUGGUCUGACAUUGCCAGGAGCUGCUGAUGGAAUACGAUUUUACCUGUCCCCCGAUUUGACCCGUCUAACUGAUCCUCAGGUGUGGAUGGAUGCUGGGAGCCAGAUAUUUUUCUCCUACGUUGUCUGCGAAGGCUGUUUGCCAGCUUUGGGAAGCUACAACAAAUACAACAACAACUGCUACAAGGACACGUUUGCCUUGUGCAUACUGAACAGUGUAACCAGCAUUGUUGCUGGCUUUGCAGUCUUCUCUGUCCUCGGCUUCAUGUCGUAUGAGUUGGGUGUUGACAUCUCUAUAGUGGCCGAAUCAGGUCCAGGUCUGGCAUUCAUUGCCUACCCUCGGGCAGUGGCCAUGAUGCCUUUACCUCAACUCUGGGCUGCCUUCUUCUUCAUCAUGAUAAUCUUCCUUGGAGUGGACAGUGAGUUUGUGUGUCUGGAAGGCUUGGUGACGUCCAUAUCAGACCUGUACCCUUCCUUCUUUCUCACUGGUCAUAGACGUAAAUUUCUUCUGCUCUUCAUCUGUGUUCUGUCCUUUUUUAUUGGCCUAACAAUGGUAACUCAGGGAGGACUUUAUGUAUUUCUGCUGUUCGACUACUACGCUUGCAGUGGAAUGCCAAUAAUGUUAUUUGCCAUUUUGGAGUCCAUUUGUGUUGGAUGGAUAUUUGGUGCUGAUCAUUAUUAUAAGAAGAUAAAGGAAAUGAUUGGCUACUACCCUUCGCCUUAUAUGAAAUAUUGCUGGAGGUUCCUCACACCAUUGGCUUGUACUGGAAUAUUGGUUUUCUCACUGGUCAAGUUCACCCCUCUGACAUACAACAACACCUACCAGUACCCCACAUGGGGCUAUGCCACUGGAAUCGCUCUUGCUCUCUCUUCAGUUUUCCCGACUCCACUAUGGAUUCUCUACAGCAUCGCAGUAACCCCAGGAACAGUGAGACAGAGACUGAAAACUUUGUGUACUCCAGCAGCCAACCUGCGUGAUGCAUCACCAAAGAAGACCCUUGACCCUGAAAAACCUCUUUCACAAGCAGAGCUGUGUGCCUUAACUGAAAAAUCCCAGAACCGACAGUUCUGAAGAAUCUGAUUGUUUUACACCCCAGAAGACCUCAUCAGUGGAUUCAGCUCGCCUGGAUUCAGCACCAACAUGUGUGAAAUUAUGUAACUUUGUUUCUGCAUUUAUUGUGUAUACAGUGUAAUAGAUUAUUGAGGGGCCAGAGGGGGUCCCUGAUAAUCUUAGGGUGGCCAUGAUAAGGGUUUGGGUAGGCCAUUGAUGGAUGGUCAACAUUUUUCAUCUUAUCUUCAUUAUUUAAUCAUUAUUGAUAAGAAGUACCGACUGUUAAAUAUCAGAUAGAUGCAUGUUAUGUGUACACCACUCAUUACUGAGUAGCAUAUUAUGUAUACCCAAUUCACUAGGGGAAGGGGUUGCACUGGUGAAGGAGGCCUGUGGGGUGGCCAAAUGAUAAUCAGUAUGGCCCCUCUCUUGGGGUCACCAUUGAUGUGCAUAGAUGAUCAGAGGUGAUUUAAGGUCAAAUCUCUUUUGACAUAUGUGACAUUAAACGAUAAAGUAGGUUUAUUUAACAACUCUCUAAAAGACAAAAAAACCCCAAAACAUUGCAGUAGUGAAUAGAUUUCAUUAGUAUCAAAAAACAAUAACUUAGAUUUAGUUGUUGCCAGAAUUCAUUUAUGUUAGAAGAGGCACUAACAAUUUGUGAGUGACAGUAGUUCUAAAUCAGUUGUUCAUUUUGGACGCAGGUCUUAUAACAAGGAUUGUGCCCUGAGAUCUAAAGGAGUCUUGAAUAUGUAAUGAGCUGUGUGAUCAUUUUGCCAUCACCUCAUAUGUAAUCUUCAAGACCAUGUCAACAAUGUUGGGUUGACGGGUGUAAAGCCAUGGAUAUCUAAUAAUCUGCAUGGAUGCUUGAGGAGAAACAUGUACAAACAUGGACAGAGUCUUGAAGUGUAGGAAGAGGACAAAAAUAAUGUACAUGAAUAUAAUUCAAAUGAUUUAGCCUGGGCUCAGAACAACAACAUCAAAGGCUCCAUUGACUCACCUUUGGAGACAUCCUUAGGUGGCCAUUUGAGGAGCUGCAUUAUUUGGCACAUUAUAGCUGUGGCGGUUGCUGCUUGCCGCACCCAACUGUGACAUCCCAGCAGAUACAGACACUGUCAGUCGUGUAUUAGUUGCUCUUCAAGCAUUUGCAGAGGUGGAGGUAAUUAUUGACGUUUAAUCUUAUCACUGCAACAAAGUCAUUUCUCUGCAUAGAUAUGUUUAAUUUUUCUUUUACGUAAGUACUUUGAAUCACAAGUAUUAUACUUUGCUACAGUGUUUUAGUUGAUUGUUUUGUAUUGUCGGCUUUGGGCCUAAUUAUGUUUGUUGCACUUGCUGUGGUGUACAUUGACUUUUGUGUUAUCAUCUUUCAUUUUUGUCGCAGACAAGUUAAAACGUUUAUUCUGAAACCUUACAUGUUACUCUCACACGCAUUGAAGCUUGCAAACUAUUGCCAACAAAACCUAAGCCAACAUUAGCAUGGAAGCCAGGCUCCUUCACUCAUUAUUUUGUUAUGAUUGUUUUUCCUUUUACCCGAAUCCUAAAUGUAGUGUGUCUGUGGUCUAUUCCUUUUAUUCUGACCAUAGCCAUCAUACUGUUGUCACUAGCUUGCACAAUUGUGGAAAAAAAAUCAUUUUAUUGUUUGAAUGCCUGAUAACCCAACAUUUAAGUUUUAGUCCCACCUCAUCUUCAUGAAAAAAGAACAUUCAUUUCAUCAUAGUUUUAAUUAUCAAAGAAGUAUUUUUAGCUCUUUAUUGUCCAGUCUUGGUCAUGAAAAAAGUCCAACAAACACCAGAAUCUGUGAAGGAAGAUCACAAUCUUUCUUUGAUCUGUUUUUCAUAUUUGCUUAUUGAAGUUCAUCUGGCAGUUGAACACUGAAACCAUUUUACCCACUUAAGAUUCACGUAAAAACUGAGGACAGCAACAGAGACAACUGGAUCACCUUGUUGAGCCUGUCAGGUCACUAUCAGCCAGAGUUGUCUCCACCUUUUAAUCUUAUCACGUAUUUUCCGACUGUUUCAUAUGGACGCUGUUAUAAUGUGUUGGAAUUGAGAUACAAACCCACCAUGCAACCUGGAAAGUGACUGUGAGUUAAGUUUGUUGCUUAGAACUGUCUGUCCUACCUACUGAGACAGUAUCCAGUAUUUUUUUUCCGUAUAUAAGAUGCCAAAGACACUACCAGUUACCACAUUACUGUUGUGCUGUCCUGUAACAUUGCUUUGUGGGUUUUAUUUGAGUGAAGGAUCUGUUUAGUUGUCUGACACCCCUCAUCCUUGCACUGAAAGGGCAGUGUGAAUGUGGCUUAAGAGAGCUGCCCCGUGAAAAAAUGAGUGUCAUUUGAGUUGUGGGUUGGGGACAAAGAAAUGAAUCAAGCUUCAACAAGGUUACUGCAGGUGAAGGCAGGAAGCUACUAGUCUCUGUCUGAGAGGUGGAAGGAGGAGGAGAAGUAGAGCAUGGCGGCGCUGGUGGACUGUGUGGUGUGUAGAGACUCAGGUGAGAGCAGGACAAGACUGUUUGCUGCAGAGCUGCUGAGGGAGGUUGCUAAAAGAUGAGCCAGUAGUAGUAGAACAUGACUUUAGGUGAUCACAGAAGACAGAACAGAGCGACAUUAGAUCUCAAAGGAAAAACAAGAAAACACUAGCAGUAAUGUAGAAGGCCAUUUAAAGGUGCCAUGUACCACGUCAGACUGACCAAAUCAUCGUGCAGCAGGUAGUGUGGAGAGCAGGGCUUAUCAGCAGGCGCUGAUUGCCAACCUGCUGCAGGUGUGUGUGUGUCAGCGGUUCCAGUGAACAGAAAACUCAACACAACACAAACAAAACACCAAACACAAAAAUCCGCCACACAAUCAAGACAUCGUGACAACUCCAAGAUUAAAUCAAAUAGCAUUAAAGAAUGAGUGGUGUGCAUAGUUCACCAAGUAGCCUAGUAGUUUUUAUGUAGUUGUGUGUAACAUUGCUGCAUUCCUUCAUCAUUCUGCUCAUGUGGAACAUCCUCACCAUCUGGGUAUAUGGAUUGUAUGAUUUCUCAAAGCGUGAAAAUAAAGUCAGUGACAGUUCUCACAGAAUCGUCACAGUCAAUA